AUGUUUGGAACAGCAAUAAGGCUCAUUGGGAGAAAACCGAAACCGAAGAUGAAACCGAUAGAGCUCAAAACUCCACCUGAGCAGACACAGACCAUCACUAGGGCCAUCUUUGAUAUCGUGAAGGAGCACGGUCCUCUCACCAUUUCUGAAACAUGGGAUCACGUUCAGGAAGUUGGUUUAAGAGGACUGACGAGCAAGAGGCACAUGAAGAUAGUGUUGAGGUGGAUGAAGGAGAGGCAGAAGCUCAGACAAAUAUGCAACCAUGUAGGACCUAAUAAGCAGUUUCUGUAUACAACUUGGUUUACAAAACCCAACAUCAAGCAGCAGCCAAAACCAGUAAAUGGUUUUUCACACCCCAAGUCCUCUUGAAAUCCAUGGUUUACUAGCUGAAAUGCUUGCUCUGCAGUCUGCGUAAUCAAACUCUAAAUGUUAGCGGUUACUGUCUGUUAUCUUUCUCUUACCAAAAUGUCGUGAUUCUACUUAAUGUUAUAUUGAUUGC